GUCUAACGAAACGUCUCUGCUCUCCCUUUACAGAAGUCCUUUACCUCACACUGGUGAGUCAAGAGCAGACCCUGUUCCUCCUUCUUCACCUGGCGAACACAAUCAGCAACGGGCACACGAACUCGGCCCUCCAUUUUCGCGACACAUCAAAAGCAAACUCUCUCGUCACCGUAAUCGUAUAACCACUGUGCAACUGACUCUACCGGGAAAUACCUUUUCUUGAUACGUACCGUAUCGGGCAGUGUUGACUUCAAUACUACAAAACGCUUUGCAUGCAGUAAAAUGAAACCACAAUUGUGCUUCCUACUUGUGGGCAAUGUUCUUCUAUGGCUAUUUUUCUGCGCUUUCUCGUGUCUGGGUGACAUGACUGAUCGCUCCAAUUAUAUUUAUCUGACGGAGACGAAGAAACAUUUUGUUCAAGAGGUUAUUGGCGACAGCGAUGUCCGUCCGGAUUCUAUUUAUUCACCUCACUAUCCAAACGGGCGCGUUGUUACCUACUACGCACAGUAAGUUCCAAAAUUGUUGAUAGGAAACAAGUUACAAACCCAUACUACAAUGGAAGUUUGCCUCCAAUUCUUGACGACUCAAAGGGUAUGCCACACCUUAUUGUUGCACUUCUCUGAUUUUAAAGCUGGUGUCCACAUUGCCUGCAUUUCAAGCCAAAAUAUAUGGAGUUUUCCAACGAAGUACACGAAAUGUCAAAAAAGCUACGUGUCAAUGUCGAGGUCUUUGCUGUGUCUUGCGUACCGCAUGCGAAAAUAUGUAUGGACAAUGGGAUCCAUGGUUAUCCAACAAUAAUGUAUUAUCCGCCCAAUUCUAUCAACGGGACAAAAUUCACACAGACGGAUUUGCAUUCCGAAGAAAUCUUUCGUAUAACAACAUUAGCAAUGCGAAAAGAGACUGAACAGGUCAAUAUGCGACAGGGUUCACAAAGAAGUGACAAGGGACAUGACAAAAUACGACAAAAAGCAUAUUUUAUCCAACGAACCAAAACCGAAACAUUUCGCGACGCUCACCUUUCUUUUCACUUUGCUAUGACUACUGCAAUAUUUACUCAACCUGGGCCACUGCCGGAAAAACCCAGAAAAGCUCUACUAGCAUUUUUAAAUGCUAUGAAGAGGACAAUUCCGUCAAACUCGAGUAUGCAGCCAGUUGUUCGUGAUUUGCUGAAAAAUUUCGAUGCGAUCGUCAUGGAGCCCAUGGCACUGAACAAAAUCAUGGGAAACCAUCCUCCUCCCGGUCCCAUUUCUAAGUGGAGUCGGGCUUCAUCGCAGCACGGUACGGGGUACACGGCAGGACUUUGGAUUCUAUUUCACAUUAUGAGUGUUGGUCUCGUGAAAUGGAAUCACUUGGCUACGGAUGAUGGACAAAUGAUAAUUCCAGCGGCGAUGGCAGACAUCCAGCGGAAUUAUGUUGAACACUUUUUUCAAUGCGAAGAAUGUCGGCUAAACUUUCUAAGCGAUUUUGAUGCCUGCAUGUUCGAUCGAUGUAACCGCCUUAUUACAUUGGCAAAUGGUGGAACUCUUGAACAGUUUAUUCAAUAUCCUCUUUGGUUAUACGAGACUCACAAUGGUGUCAAUGUGAGGUUAAGGAACGAACGUAUAGAACAAGGCAUUGAGAGCGAGAGCUUCACCACUCAGGCAGAGAUUUCUUGGCCACCAGCUUCCUCUUGUCCUUUAUGUUGGCUAUCUAGGGAGAAGGAUCGGUGGGAUGAACUUGAAGUAUACAAAUUUUUAGAACAAUCAUAUUGGUAUGUACUAUGUGUGUUUUGUGACAAGUUUGACGAGACUACAAUGGCAAUUCAGAAAGUUUGACUUCUUCAAGAUUUUUGAUUUGAAAUCCUUUUCAUUUUUUGCUUGCUCUAAUUAUUUCCAGGUUGGAAGAUGACGAUGUAGAAGUGCUUAGGAUGUUGUCAGAAAGUGGAGUCGCGAUCGAAGAAAAAAAAAUGCUAGACCAUUCUAUGGUUGCAGAGAAUUAUAGCGACAAGCUUGAUCUUUACUCUACCGUGCCAUGGUGCUGUUUUGUUUUGAUUCUAGCUCUUGUGCGGUACAGAAAGAAAAAAUACAACCUCAGAGGAAUUCACAAGAAGAUAGAAUCUGAUAAUUUCUAAUUUUUUUCGUGUACACGGUAUGGUAGACUUUUCGUGAAGAAGAAAUCAGCCCGGCCCAGCCAAAUCAUUGGACUCGAUCUGAGAACAGUGGCUUGGGCCAAACUAAAAAAAACUAGAUAACGUGCCACAGUGAAAGUUGAAGGAAACCAGUAGUUGAAGUUCCAUACCUAUCCUUCCUACUAAGGUGUUGGAGUGAAAUGAAAUGUCAUCCACUACAAGCUCAGUCGUCCCAAGCCCAAGUCUUGAUCCUAAUCAGAGAUGGCUAUGACCCAGAAGGCUACCGCAAUCUCAUGUUAAUUUCAAAAUACAUUGCUGACACAGUUCUGGAGAAAAUUCCAAAAUGAACUCUUUCAGAAUUGGUUUUACAACCUCAACACCACUUGACUGUAGCAUGUCUAUGGUGACGUUCAUGCCUGCACCAAUAUCCAUCUGCAAAUUUCUCAAAGAACCAUUUAUAUCAAGGCUAGUCGCUUUUUGGUUCCUGAUCUCGUUUGCAUUUUUAGAUUUUUCUUCAGUUUUUGGCGUAGCUUCGAUUAACGGACAUACGUGCCGUGGUGUCCUCUGUAACUUUUCAAUCGCUAUGGUGGCAUCCACCCAAUCGUGGUACUUCGGACACAACAUCUGAGUUGGCUUGUACUCUGCUUUAUACCGCAUUUUUUGGCAUGACUCGAUGCUUCCGAACGCAAGAAAAAUAUUAAAACGUGAAUACAUGUGGUGUGCGUCAGGAGAAUAAAAGAAUGAUCAAAAUAAGCUUUUUCUUGUCUUCAACACUUACUAAUAACCAAGGUAGUAAUAUGGAACCUUCAAAACAUCGCGCGCGAACUCAAUCUCUUUCAGAAUGGCGUACUUUCCAAGCGCAACCAACUCUUGGGAAAAACUAGGGAGGUAAAAGAGAUAAACUGAUGACAAUCCAGUUGGCAGAACGUCAAUGACACCAACUGCAAUGAGAAGUUCUCCUCCUAAUCUAUAGUGCUGAUGAUAUAAUCCACAAGGCAAAUUCCAAUUCUCUUUAAACCAUGAAUGAUGUGGGUGUUGCUGUGUGACGUUGUCAUCACUUUUGGGAUAAUUGUGGCGCGUGGUAGAAACAUCCUGAAGAGGAAAAGGUGCUUCAACCAAGAACUGAUAAAAGCUGUAGUAAUUCGAAAGUACGGCGCGGCGACUUUCCUUGGAUUGCAAUGACUGAAUGUAUGGUGUUAGCAUAGAAGAUAUUUUGUCAGUAAAAUAGGUUGGAGCGUGCCCCCAAUCUAGCUCUGAAGGGUCAUCUGAGUCAAGUUUUAAUUCUUCCUCAUCUUCGUCGCUGUUGCUAUCGUCGGUAUUGAUAUUAACAUCAUUUGGAUUGUCCGAAAAGGGGUUCGGAUCGUUGUGUACAGCAUGUUGGUAGUGUAUGUAUAGUCGAUGCACAUCUGGAUCUAAUGCUGAACGGUGAGCAGGGAGCGUAUCGAUUGUGAUACAAUAUUGAUUUGAUUCGAUGUGGAUAUCCUUUCCGGUGGUCUUCUUGUACCAUCGUGACAGUUUUCCACUGUCGGCGCCAGUGCUGUGUUUGAAAGAAUGACUUCCUUUUUCCUUCGAAUCUUUCAUUUCGGUGUCACUUGCAAUGGUAUUAUCUUCCUCGGUGUCAACUCGACGUUUGAUCUCAGUCCUCUGUUCGUGACUCUUCCCUUCAAUUGUACAUAUGAUUUGGCCACUAGGAAGGUGAGCCUCAAGAGAAGCGAAAGAAAAACAACUGCAAUUG